CUACAUAAUAUCAGACGUGAGAGGAUCCCAAAAAGAAAUAUAGUGUUUUCUCUAAAACACCUACCUUUUCCUCCAUCAAUUACAACAAUACUCAAACACUUGGAGAUUAAUAUUACAGUGAAAAUCCAUAUGGAAGCUUUAAAUAAGCAAUCAAAACGUAUUUGGAAGUUGAGAUGAAUUUAGACAAACAAAACAGUUUAUCUGAUAGUAACAUAUGCGCGGCUGAAUAUUCAGAUGAUUCCCAAGAUGAUCAAAUACGACCAAAACAAAAAUCUAUUUCACUCGAGAAUUUAUUAAAAUACAAAGGUCUGAACACCCAUUUUCAUAUUCCGAUAACUAAAGCUAGGCAAAGAAAUUUUUUACGUGGUAGAAUUGGUGCAAAUUCACUACUUGGUUCAAAUGAACUUGACAGAAUGUGUCCAAAUAGGGAAAUUACUAUAUUUGUAGGUACAUGGAAUAUGAACGGACAUUCUCCACCAAAAGAACUAAAUGACUUUGUUCUACCUGUCAGCAUGGAACACGUACCUGAUAUUUUGUGUUUCGGUACCCAAGAAUCUAGUUCUGAGAGAUUUGAGUGGGAAGUCAGUUUACAAGAAACAAUUGGACCGUCACAUUUACUUCUUCAUUCUGUAUCUUUAGGUACUCUACAUCUAGCAACAUUUAUAAGAAGAGACCUCAUUUGGUACGUAUCUAUACCAGAAGAUUCCAGCUUAUCAGUGAGACCGGGCUCUGCCUACCGCACAAAAGGCGCCAUAGCAACUUCCUUUAUGAUUUUUGGCACUUCGUUUCUGUUUGUCACGGCACAUCUGAGGGCGCACGAAAAAAAACUUAAUGCUAGAGUUUCAGACGUGAAAAAAAUUAUUUAUUCUAUGGACCUGCCAAAAAUACUUCCUUGCAAAAACAAAUGCCAUGAUAUCACGCAGAAUUUUGAUUACGUUUUUUGGUUUGGAGAUUUGAAUUUCAGAUUAGCUACGCCUAGAGCGAAAGUUUUAGAAUGGCUAUCGAAAACAAGUUUUCCGUUACCAGCACAUCUACCUCAUGGUUAUAUGCAUCACGAUCAACUGUGUUCAGUUCUAUCAAAUGGAGCUGCAUUUCGUGGCUUCUGCGAAGCCAAAAUCACCUUUCCGCCAACGUACAAAUAUGAUCCGGGGACGCAACAGUUUGAUUCUUAUUCGAAACAUCGAAAGCCUGCGUACACAGAUAGAAUAUUAUACAAGCAAAAACGUCAAUUUAGUGGAAUAUCUGAGAAUCCGCCGUUGCAAUGUCUAAUAUAUGACUCCGUUCCAUCAAUUACUACUUCCGAUCACAAACCAGUGUGGGGCGUUUUUAAGGCUCAUCUUAGACCUGGUCCAAACACGAUUCCUUUGUCAGCUGGCCUGUUCAAUAGAGAAGUCUAUUUGGAGGGUUUGAGGAGACGCGCGACAACACUUAACAGUAUUAAAGAUAAUGCCUCAAUUUGUUCUCUACAGUAAACUAAAACUUAAAGAGAUAUGUUUCCUUUGUUAAUGUUUAGGUAUCAUUAAAUGUUAUCUGUUAGUGUAAAUAGUUUUAUUGCUUUACAUCUAUUAUCUAUUAUUAAACAUAUUAUAAAAAAUUAAUGGGAUUAAACUUAAAUAUAUUUAAGAGUACGAGACAAGUACAAUGUAUAAAAUUACUUUUAUUAAAAUCAGACCAACGUUUUCUGCUUUAGAAAGCCAUUAUCACUAAAUUAAUUAAUGACUAACUAUUAUUAAAAACGGUUAAUUCCUUUCCUAUAUGAACUUUAAUAAUGCUAGUCAAAUCAUUUCAAGCUUUAUAAACGUUUAUGUCAAACAUGUUUUUUUGUGGUAGUAUCCACCGAACGAAGACUGUGUUGAUGGCAUUGCAAAGCUGAAAGCGCACUGCUAAUUUUAUUUUUACUAAUGUACUCGUCUUAUUCUCUUCACCUCAUUUUUAGGGUGCACAUCAUUUCGUCAUUAAUAUUUCAAAAUGCUUCACGCUGGCACUUAAUCAGAUUUGGUUCGUAAAGGAUUCCUGUACUCACUAACAGGACUUCUGUAAAUUGGAUUCAUUUCGGCCGCAUUCUUCGUCUCUGCCAUAAAUCGUCGAUACUCAUCUCUUUCCUGUUUGUAAUUCUUAAUUUUCCAACAAAUUAUACCAAUCACACCGCCUAUUAAAAUUGCAGCCAAUAUAGCACCGCCCAGAAACAUAGUUUUGAUACCAGCUGUCAUCGUGCAGAUUUUUCUAGCUGGCAAGCUAAUGUUAUCGUUAUCUUCUGCUUGAUAGUAACAAUAUUCAAAGAUACACCUACUGUUGCCUUCGAAAAUGGCGGUUGUGCAAAUUUUGUCAUCGUCGCCGCCUGGAAAGAAUUGUAUAUGUUAACCAAGCUUAUA